AUGUGUCGGAGCAAACUCAAGUCACUCCAAGGCCGCGUGGCUAUCGUGACUGGCGCCGGCGGCGGUCUUGGUCGCGAAUAUGCCCUCCUCUUAGCGGAGUACGGCGCCAAGGUAGUGGUCAAUGAUUAUGGGGGCUCCCUUGACGGUCAACGAGGAACGGUAUCACGAGCGGCAGCUGUGGUCGAAGAGAUUAAGGCCAAAGGCGGCGAGGCUGUGGCGGAUGGCCACGAUAUUUCUAUUCAAACCGAGGUCCACGAGCUUGUCCAAAACACGUUAAAGACGUACGGCACCGUACACAUCCUCGUCAACAACGCCGGAACCGCCGGCAAGCCCAGCUCGCACGACAACGUCGAUGCAGAUUCAUUCCAGCGCACGUGGGAGAUUGCGGCGCUCGGCACCAUUAUGCUUAUCAGCGCCGUGUAUCCCACGAUGCAGAAACAAUCCUACGGACGCAUCAUCAACACAUCGUCCGACAGCUUAGUCGGCAUGGGCGCAGGCGGCGAUGGCGGAUAUGUGGCAGCCAAGGGCGCUACCUUUGGCCUCACGCGCGACUUGGGCAGGAUGAGCCAUCGCCAUGGUAUUAAGAUCAACGGCAUUAUGCCUUCAGCCGCGUCACGCAUGUCAGACCUGUCGCCAGUCAUCAAGCGCAUCACGCAUCAAUACUUUCAGCCACAUCUAGUCGCCGACUUCGUCAUAGCUCUCGCCAGUGAAGAAUGUCCUGUCUCUGGCGAGCUGUUCAGUGUCGGUGGUGGAAGAGCUGCGCGGACAACUCUGGCUACGGUGCCCGGCCAUUCGCGCGAGGAUUGUCCUGAGGGCUACUUGGCCAACUUUGAUCAAGUAAUGGGCACGACAGAGAGUUUGUUUGUGCCAAAGGACACCCUAGACCUAGUCUCGUACGCGAUUCGACAGGCAACAGGGGAAGAUGUUGGCGCAAUUUCGCUAUAG